AUGAAUGCUUAUCGCCCUUCACGGCUCCCCGUCGAGUCGCCCUCCGACAGCCAGCGGCCUCGGCAAAUCGACCAGCGAACUGAUACGCAGGAUGCAACGGUGCGGCGCAAGUCCGACCAGGAUCGGCGCCCCAGCUCGCUCUUCCCCGGCGAUGCGGAGAAACGUGGGGGUGACAUUGACGAGAUGCAACAUACUCCCGCCAGCAAGGGCUCUGAUAAGGCGUGGAUAUCCCCUCUGCCACCGCGGCCUUCUGCGAUCUUGGCUUGCCUGCUGGUCUUGAGUCUUGGUCUUCGAUCUUCUCCGGAAAUUUGCACUGCCGGCCAGCGAUAG